ACGACGAGACCUGGACAUUUUCGUCAACCAAAGUUACAACGGCUCUAUAGGAGAAAAAAGUAGCCGUUGCACCUUCUGUAAACCCUAAACUUCCUUUUAAAAGAUGAACAAAUCGGCAUAUAAACUCCACAAAUCCCUCCUGUAAAACCGCAUUAAAGCUCUCAACAACGCUGCCUUUUGUGUGUUGAAUAUAUAAAUUUAAUCUGUUUUUGUUUUCUUUGAGUUGAUUAUCUGUUUCCAGGAUUUCUUUACUUUGUGUUUUUGCAGGGUUUUGUUACUUUUUCUUUUGUUGUUUUUGUUUUUGUUUUCUUUGUUGUUAAAGUUAUGGAUGCAGGUUCAGUGAAUUCAGCUUCCAGCUUGAAGGAACAAUCCAGAUGCCCACUUCAAGAACAGUUUCAUCAAAGAAGAAAUUCCAGAGAAAAUUUGGACAGAUUCAUCCCCAACCGAUCGGCGAUGGACUUCGAUUACGCCCAUUUCAUGCUGACAGAAGGCACCAAAGGUAAGGAGAACCCGGCUAUCUGUUCGCCUUCGCGGGAAGCUUACAGGAAGCAACUUGCAGAGGCAUUAAACAUGAACAGAACCAGAAUUCUAGCCUUCAAGAACAAGCCGCCAAGGCCCGUUGAACUCAUUCCUCAGGAGCAUUCCACCACUUCUGCUCAACAGACUAAAUUGGCUAAACCCCGUAGGCAUAUCCCUCAGACUUCUGAGAGGACAUUGGAUGCUCCAGAUCUUGUGGAUGAUUACUACUUGAACUUAUUGGAUUGGGGCAGUAGCAAUGUUCUGGCAAUUGCUCUUGGAAGCACAGUGUAUUUGUGGGAUGCUUCAGAUGGUUCAACCUCGGAACUUGUCACAGUUGAUGAGGAAAAUGGCCCUGUCACGAGUGUCAAUUGGGCACCUGACGGGCGCCACAUUGCAAUUGGGUUGAACAAUGCUGAAGUACAGUUGUGGGAUUCUGCUUCCAACAGACAGCUAAGAACUCUGAGGGGUGGGCACAGAUCGAGAGUAGGAUCAUUGGCUUGGAACAAUCAUAUUCUGACUACUGGAGGAAUGGAUGGUCAGAUUAUUAACAACGAUGUGAGAGUUAGAGAUCACAUUGUUGAGACUUAUAGAGGUCACACUCAAGAAGUUUGUGGCCUGAAAUGGUCAGCUUCAGGCCAGCAACUAGCCAGUGGGGGCAAUGAUAAUCUUCUCCACAUAUGGGACAGGUCCAUGGCCUCUUCAAAUUCUCCCACACAGUGGCUGCACAGGCUAGAGGAGCACACUUCUGCAGUCAAGGCCCUUGCUUGGUGCCCUUUCCAGGGCAAUUUGUUGGCCACUGGAGGCGGUGGUGGUGACCGGUGCAUCAAGUUCUGGAACACUCACACAGGUGCUUGUUUGAACUCGGUGGACACUGGGUCUCAAGUUUGUGCCUUGCUGUGGAACAAGAAUGAAAGAGAGCUGCUUAGCUCUCAUGGGUUCACUCAGAAUCAGCUCACUUUGUGGAAGUAUCCUUCAAUGGUGAAAAUGGCUGAGCUUACAGGCCAUUCCUCCAGGGUUCUUUUCAUGGCACAGAGCCCAGAUGGCUGCACAGUGGCAUCAGCAGCAGCUGAUGAAACACUAAGAUUCUGGAAUGUUUUUGGGGCGCCAGAAGUGGCCAAGCCUGCUUCAAAGCCAAUCCAGGAGCCGUUCUCUCAUUUGAACCGCAUCCGGUAAUGCGAGCAAGAGAAAAGUACAAUGGAUUUCCAGGACAAAAAUUGCCUGAAGCCUUGUAUAUGCAACUGAUACUGAAUCAUAUUUACUUGCCUGUGUCCCAAGAUGAAUGUUUCAAUAACUUGCGUGAGUGUAGAGAUAUAUGGUUCCUUCCAAGCCCAAGUUAAAUAAAGUUGCUGCAAUUUUGGGAUAUACCAGCAAAGUUGCUGGGUAGUGCAUAAAUGAUGUACUUGAACGACUCCAUAUCCCCCGUUGUUUGAAGUUUUGUCCAGGGUGGGGAAAAUUGAUGCUGCUAGAACGGAACAGUCUCGUUGUUGUGCCCCUCAUCUUUCUACCCAAAUUACUGCCGCAGGAAUGAUAUUCAUAUACUAUGGAAUGUCAUCAUAUGAAUAAUCUGAUCAAUGACAAAAGUUCUAAUAGACUGAAAUAAGAAAAUUUGACUGAAGUGAACAAUGAAUGGAACAUGGUCUUUCUGACAAGAACGACUCUGUUUCCCUGGUUGUUUGAAGUUUUGUUCAGAGUGGGAAAAAAUGAUGCUGCUAGAAUGGAACAGUCUCGUUGCGUGCCCCUCAUCUUUCUACCCAAAUUGGUGCCGCAGGAUUGACAUCUAGAAUUGUCCGUUCUCUUGCCCGUUCAUCAUUAUGCCCAAAUUGGUGUCCCUAGAAUUUGGGACGCUUGUGCUGACACCCUGCUACUGCUAGCUAGAAUGCCGGUUCCAGCUUGGAACGCCUGUUUGGUGAUUAACUGGAAGAGAGUCUUGAAUUGAUGUUGAAAGAGUUGCCAGAAGGAAAAUAUCUCAAUUUAUAAGUUAUUAACUUUUUUUUUUUUUUUUUUUCAAAACUUGGCUUAUGGCUUUUGUGUGCCCCUCUCACAUGAGUGUCUUGUUUAUCUCAGACUUCGAUGGAAAGGCACACCAAAUUACAUGAA